AAAAAAAAUUGUUCUUAUAAAAUAAUAAAAUAAAAGAAUCAAAUAUUUUCAUAUAUAAUGUAAUAUAGAAUAUAAUAUUAUCAACAACGAAAAUAACCAAUAUGAUAAGUCACUUACAAUUGUUUUCCGAAUAUUACUUUCAUUUAUCGUUAAAACGCGGGAAAUACGAAUUAUUAUCAAUUUAUCUGUUUUCGAUGACAUAACCUACAAUAAUAUUAAAAAUUUUAUCUUUGAUUAUAACAUAAUAUAAUAAAAGUUUGCACUUUAAUUGCGAAUAAAAAAAGAUUUGAAAGACUUUCAGUUAUUUCCGCAAUCUUUUAUCGAAUCCAAUCAUAGAAAUCUUGACACACAAGUAAUCUACAGAAUAUUAUAAAAUAUUUAUACUUUUUAUUAACACAAAAGUGAAUAUGUAUAAGAAUAUUAGAUCAAUUUAUACAUUAAUUGUUGGAAUUUUUUCUACUGCUUUAUUUAUUUAUGGAUUUUUUCCUAUAGUACAUUAUGAUAAUACCAUAGCAUCAAUAAAUGAUAUACCACACUUUAUAAAUAACAUAAGGAUAGAAAGAGAUACUUUAUAUAAACCAUUAGUGAACAAAGUUAUAAUUAUGGUAAUCGAUGCAUUUCGUUGGGAUUUUGUAUCAGAUUCAAUUGGAAAAGCUGCUAUGCCAAUAACAAAUAAACUUAUAGAGAAUUCGUUUGCAUGUUUAUUGCAAGCGAAAGUAGAACCACCAACGGUGACAAUGCCUAGAAUAAAAGCAAUGACAACAGGAAGAGUACCAACUUUUGUUGACAUGGUUUUAAAUCUGGGAAGCCAGCCUAUAUUAAUUGACAAUAUUUUACUCCAAGCAAAGACUCAUGAACAUGAUUUAAUAUUUUACGGAGAUGACACCUGGCUGAAAUUGUUUCCUACGAUAUUUAAACGUUAUGAUGGUACUACAUCAUUUUUUGUUACCGAUUUUACAGAGGUAGACAAUAAUGUUACAAGACAUAUAGAUGAUGAACUUCAUAAUAAUGAUUGGUCAAUAAUGAUUCUCCAUUAUCUAGGAUUAGAUCAUAUUGGGCAUGUAACUGGACCAUUUAGUUCUUUAAUCAAACCAAAACUUACUGAAAUGGAUAAUAUUAUAGCACAAAUAUAUUCAAAAAUUGUACAUUGGAAUGAAAAUGGUAAUCCUGUUUUGUUUAUAAUUUGUGGAGAUCAUGGUAUGAAAGAUUCUGGAGGUCAUGGUGGUGCAACGUUACAAGAAACUACAGUACCUGUCAUUGCAAUUGGAGCAAAUUGUUCUAAAUCGCAUACUCGACCAAAAAAAAUAGCUCAAUUAGAUUUAGCAGCAACAUUAUCUGUGAUAUUAGGUUUACCUAUACCACAUUCCAAUUUUGGAAGUGUGACAUUAGAUUUAUUAGAUAACUUACCUAUCUCUAGAAAAUUAUUUGCACUUUAUUACAAUGCAAAACAAGUUCACACUCAAUUCAAAAAAUUGACUGACUACAACUUUCAAUAUGCUCAUCAUAAAUACAUGGAUGCAGUAAAACUUCAUCUUGCUUGGCUAAAAUCAGUUAAUAAUUCGUAUGAAACAGGAUAUGAUGUUAUAGCUGCGUAUCGUUCGGCACUUAAUGAAAUGAAAGAGAUAUUAGUAAAAAAUAUGUUAAAAAAUGAUACGCAUUUAAUGAUUACAGCAAUGUUGUUUCUAUGUCAUAUCUUAUGGAUUUUAUUGCAUGACCAAUAUCAUUCAUUAGUGACUUUUAAAAAAGUAUUAAAGUUAUUUAUGACAAAUUUAUUGUUAUAUAUUAUAAUAAUUUCUUUCUGGAGUUUUGAAAUUUUAAAUUUAUCUCUUUUUAAUAAUAUAAAAAAUUGUGUAUUUAUAUUAAGCAUUAUUGGACUUUUGUUUUUAAACUGUUACUUCCUUGCUAAAAUAAAAUAUCAUCAUUAUUUUAACAUAAAGUUAAAAAAUUAUAAAACAUUCAAAUGGAUUUUUCUCUGUGGAAUAUUAAUACAUGCUAUAAGUUUAGGUAGCAGUAGUUAUGUGGAAGAAGAACAUCAAACUUGGUAUUUUUUUUGGGUUUCAUUCCUUGUACUGUUGCUUUGUAAGAAUAACAAAAUAAUAACAAUGAAAUCUUUCAAGAUACGUGUAUAUAGCACACAAUUUCUAAUCUCUAUUGAAAUAUUGCUAUUGCUCAUUGGACAUAGAAUCUUUCGAAUGCUAAACAGUACUGGUAAUAAAUAUAAUCAUCUUCCUGAUAUUGCAGGAUAUUUAAUGAAAGAAGAAUCAAAAAUCAAUAUAACAAUCUUUGUCAUUAUUGCUCUUGCACUUUUAGUAUGGAUUGAUUUUGUACAUGAAAAAUCAAUCUAUAGAUGGUAUGGUUUAUUUUUGAAUAUAGGAUUGUCUCUAUGUAUUUAUCUUCGUCACACAAACAAUCAAACCAUCAUACCUAUAUUAUUACACCCUUCAUCUAAAGAUGUGAAGGAAGUACUAAUAUUUUGGAAUUUAUUUACAAUAUUUUGUAUAUUCUCUGCAUACAGAUUGAUUUCAAUAGCAAAACGCAAUAAAACAAAUUUCUUGUAUUAUAUCAUAUCUUUUCUUGUACAAGCAUGGAUUAUGGUAUCAGCAUUAUUACAUCAACCAUACAAUUUAAUAUUACUUCCGAUACAAUUGAUAGUAAUUUAUGUAAUAAAUUCAAUAUUGAAAUAUAAUAAUAUAGGAGAAAUUAAUAUAUUUAUAAAUGCCUGGAUUGGAAAUGUAUUUUAUUUUUAUCAGGGAAAUUCUAAUAGUCUUGCUGAUAUUGAUAUUGCAGCAGGCUAUGUAGGAUUGCAAUCCUAUAGACCUGUUAUUGUUGGAAUGUAUUUAAUUGUGAAUACAUAUUCUGCACCAGUUUUGGCUUAUCUUUUAAACAUAUAUCACAGAACAUUAUCGUACAAAUCAGUUCAUGAUUUACACUAUGUACUUUUGUCAGACAACAGAAUUUAUAUGAUAUGGAAAUUAGUACCAGUUAUUAUUUAUACGUUUAUAAUAACAAUUCAAAAACAUCAUUUAUUCAUAUGGAGCGUAUUUGCGCCAAAAUUAUUGUAUGAAUCAAUCUAUUUAACUGUUAUGAAUUGUACUAUAUUGUUGUUGGAAACAAUUAUUUUGAUAGAAUAUAUAAUAAAUAAGUAUAUUAAGUAAAUUCAUAUUGUUUGAUAAAUCUUUUUCACUUCCAUUGCAUAAUCCUAGUAUUAAAUAAUUGUUGUAUAAAAUUUUUGUUUAUGUAAUUUUUUUUUCUUUUUUAAUUUCGAUAAAAACUGACUCGUUUCAUUAUAUUUAGAAAAUUUAUGAUAUAUAAUACAAAGUCAUUGAACCUCAGUCUAUCAUAAUUUUGGUGGUCAUGCACCUGAAUGAUGGUGCAAAGAUAAAUAUAUAUAAUAAUUGACUAUAAAUAAUAUUCUCUUUUUACAGAUGUUACAUAUUCAAUUAGUAUAUGUAUAAAUUGUGCGUGAACGUUAUUACACACAUUUAUUAUCAUUUUAAUUAUUUCCAAUGAUAUACAAAAAAAGAAAGAUUUAUAAAAUUAUUUCAUUUUUAAAAUUCCUUGUCAAUACUUUGUGCGGCAAUACAAUAGAAUUCAAGAGAAUUUUUUCGGAUGCCAAAGUAACGCUUGUGCCUGAAAUAAUGUCAAAUUAAUCAUCAAUUGUUUGUAACAUAUGAAAUAAGAUUAUAAUGAAAUUCUUUAAUUAUUACCGAGUAUCGUAAUUGAAGGAUUUAAUUUGCCAUUAAUAUUGAAAAGAGAUAAAUUUUCCAUCUUUGCAAAUGGCUUGUCAGGAUUUGGAUCACAUAGAGUACCUUCCACUCGUGCCCAUUCUCCUACACGACUACCUUUUCCUAUUAUACUAUUCAAAAUAAUAGUAUGUGCUUGAAUAUGCGCAUUGGCCAAUACAAUUGAUUCUUUAAUUCUUACACCAGCUUCAAUAACCGUAUUCAUCUCUAUACUAACAUUUGGUCCUAACUGUAACAAUAGAAUGAAUUAAAAACAUCCUAUCUCUUAAGUACGGUUUUUGGAAAAAAAACUUCAAUAUUAUAAUAAUAUCGAAUAAUUUUACCAUAGCAGAUGGAUGAACAGAAGCUGUUGGAUGAAUGUAUACAUCUCCAAUAAUAUUACAUGUAUUUCCAUUUGGAGAAGUAAGAUAAUUUGGACGUUUUAUUUUAUAUAAAGCUAAAUAAUGUCGAUUCGCAUAAAUUGCAGAUCCUGCCGUUUUUACCUGUGACCACCACCUUAAAACAGGUAAAGCAAAUAAACAUCCACUUCCUGCUAAUCGUGUUAAUAUAUCUUGUUCCAAUGCAAUAUUAGCAGGGUCUCUACCAUUUCCAUUUAUUUGUCUGUCUCAUUGAAGAAAAAAAUAAAGUUAAUAACAUUAGAAUAUAUAACUGUAAUAAGAUUGUGAUAGAGUCUAUUAAUAAAUAUUUUUUAUCAAUGAUACCUACAAAGAAUUUUCUUGCUGUUGACUAGCAUAAAAAACAUCCGCCAUUGAUUGAAAUAUGUCAGGAGAUGUGAUAUAUAUUCCACAAUUAAUGAGAGUAGAUACAAAUGUUGAUGGUUUUUCAACAUAAUGUGCCACUUCUCCUUCCUUAUUCAAAACCAUACAUCCGUAAUUUAACGAUUGUU